UCCAGAAGUGACCUUCGAAAGUGAUCAAAAGUAUGGCGUCUGCUCUGAGACAGUGUUUACGGUUCUCAUCUGCGUUUGCAGGUGGUUUACCGGCUAGGUGCUUGCUGAAUUCGAGAGUCCAAAGGACACAGUUCAUACACAUGGGACGAACAGCCUUCGGAGCUCGAGAUGCUGAGUUCGAGGCAGCCAAGGAAAGGUUGAACACACUGAAGGAAGAACCAGACAACGCCGUCAAACUGCAAAUCUAUGCUCUAUUCAAACAGGCUACCAAAGGAGCAUGUAACACCCCCAAACCAGGAGCCUUUGACUUUGUGGGUCGUGCCAAGUGGCAGGCUUGGAGCAGCUUGGGGGAUAUUAGUCAGGAUGAGGCUCAGAAGCAGUACAUAGACCUCAUCAACAGUCUUGCAGGAGAAGACGCAGCUGCAGAGACAGAGCAGGCAGGUGAAGAAGCCAGUGUCUUCAAAGAGAUAAAAGUAACCAAGGAGAACAAGGUCUACUCUAUCUUACUCAACAGGCCUGCUAAGAAGAAUGCUAUUACUUGGCUUAUGUACAAUGAAAUUGUCGAGGCGUUGGACCAAGCAAGCAAGGAUGACUCAGUCACAGUUGCUGUUAUAACAGGUGCUGGUGAUUACUACUGUAGUGGAAAUGACCUUGGCAACUUCAUGAACAUUGACCCCAAGGACAUGCCCAAGAUGGCUCGGGACGGCAGGGAAUUACUCAGGCGAUUUGUCACUGCCUUCAUCGACUUCCCAAAGCCCCUGAUUGGUGCAAUCAACGGUCCGGCAGUGGGAGUGUCUGUCACUGUGUUGGGCCUGUUCGACGCUGUGUUUGCUACUGACAAGGCUACAUUCCAUACUCCAUUCACUGAGUUGGGGCAGAGUGCAGAGGGAUGCUCGUCAUACAUUUUCCCCAAACUCAUGGGUAAUACCAAGGCUAAUGAAAUGCUGCUCUUCAAUAAGAAGCUGACUGCACAUGAGGCAUGUGAAAGAGGCCUGGUGACAGAGGUCUUUCCACAGGAUGUCUUCCAGAAAGAGGUGCAAACAAGAGUGGAGUAUGUUGCUCAGCUUCCACCACAGUCUGUGCAGGAAGGGAAGAAGCUAGUCCGGGACCAGGAGCGUCAGCAGCUGCACAGUGCCAAUGAGAAGGAGUGUGAAGUGCUGGAAGGGAGAUGGCUGUCAGAGGAAUGUGUGCGGGCUAUCAUGAGCUUCUUCAGCAAGAAGGCUCGCUUGUGAUGAAACAAAUUUGUCCCACCACAAUGUACAUGUAGUCUGCAUAACUGUGAGAUGUAAAUGAUUGGUGGACAAUGUUCUUUGGCAACAAUUUACCUUUUCCCUGCCGCUUAAAGCCGUAACCAACUCCUUGCCGUAACCUGUAGAGAAUUAGUAGCCAAUCAGCUACAUCAGUGUGCUGCUAAAGGUUUAGUUACAUGGACUUUACUUGCCUGCUGGCUCUGUAUAUUUGCUUCAUUAAAAACUAUUUUGAGUAGGCAACACUGGAAAAAAAAUUGGGAGCAGUAUGAUGGAAAAUUUAAAUA